AUGGAGAGUGUUGCCUUCCACAGAAACUCUUCAUCAUCUAACAGCUCAGCCUACACGGAGCUCUUGUCUCGGACUGGUUACACAAUACUGGCCAUUAUCAUGGGUGUGUUCUCUGUAGGAGGGAUCAUACUCAAUGUCUUGGUAAUUGUGGUGACAGUGAGACACAGACAAUUGAGGCAGCCACUCAGCUAUGCCCUGGUUAACCUGGCUGUUUGUGACCUGGGCUGCGCUGUGUUUGGAGGCCUGCCCACCACAGUAACCAGUGCCAUGGGAUACUUCAGCCUGGGACGUGUGGGCUGUGUGUUAGAAGCCUUUGCUGUUUCCUUCUUUGGUAUAGCAAGUCUGUGUACAGUAGCAGUCAUUUCUGUUGAACGCUACAUUGUGGUGUGUUAUCCCAUGGGUGCAGUCCUGUUCCAGACCAGGCAUGCCGUUGGUGGAGUGGUCCUGUCCUGGGUGUGGUCGUUUGUGUGGAGCACUCCACCUCUGUUUGGGUGGGGAACGUUUGAGUUGGAGGGUGUCCAAACCUCCUGUGCUCCUAACUGGUAUAGCCGUGAUAUUGGGGACAUGUCCUACAUGAUCAUGUUCUUUGUCCUUUGUUUUGCUGUGCCCUUUUCCAUCAUCAUGGUGUCCUACUCACGACUUUUAUGGACCCUCCACCAGGUGACCAAGCUGCAGGUGUCCGAAACAGGAAGCACAAAUCGUGUAGAGGUGCAGGUGGCACGCAUGAUAGUGGUGAUGGUGUUGGCCUUCCUAGUCACCUGGCUGCCAUAUGCCUCAAUGGCUGUCGCUGUCAUCAUGGACUCCAGUCUAUAUGUUGACCCUGUCAUUGCGACCAUACCUGUAUACUUUGCAAAAAGCAGCACUGUCUACAACCCUAUCAUUUAUAUUUUCAUGAACAGACAGUUUCGAGGCUACACUGUUGCUGCUGUUCUGUGUGGAUGGAACCCAUGGUCCUCAGAGCCACAAACAUCUGAGAAUGAGACCACUGUUACAUCUGUCAGCAAGACCCCCCAAAAAAUUGUGCCUGAAAAAUCUUUAGAAUAG